ACUGCUUGAGGUCAGGAGGGGCGGUGGUUGCCGCAUAGCCGUGUGGGAAUUGUAGUUCUGGUAACAGCCUCGGGCUGUUUGGUGGGACGGGACAGUGAACGAUAUGAAACUACAGCUCCCGAGUGCUGUUGGGGAAAGACUCGGGAGCGGGAGGCUCGGGACGGCUCCUCGCUCUCACGCUUCUCCGGGAUACAGAGAAGGGUCGCAGAGGCUAGAGCCCGAAGUCUGAGCGGGCGUUGCUUCAUGGCGUGAGACGCGGACUCUGCCCCUAUGCGGGAGGCCCGGGAGGAGUCCGACCUGGAGCGAUAUCAGAGAAGCCUUCGAGACCGUGCUAGUAAAAGUAUCCAUCAACUGAAAUAUGCCUUGGUGGAAGGAGAUCCCACAGCGGGAGAAAGUGAAGUUGCAUUUGACCAGUCCUCCACAGGUAAUGAUGAGAGUGGGGAAACGGCCUGGCAGGAACUGCAGCACAGUCAUGCAGUUAAUCAGCUUAAAGCUUUAUUGCGGGAGCAAGAAGGACUAGAAAGUGAAGUAUCUCCAUCAAGGAGGAGGAAGAUGUCACCCUCAAGAACUUCAGAAGCUGCAGAUCAGAGUUUGCCUACGCUUUGUGAUCUUGUUCCUAUCAUUAAUGAUCAGUCCCAGUACAUUCACCACUUAGAAGCUGAAGUGAAGUUUUGCAAGGAGGAGUUGUCUGGGAUGAAAGAUCGGAUACAAGUAGUUGUGCUUGAAAAUGAGAAACUCAAUGAGGAACUGAAAUCUCUAACUGUAGAGCAGACGUUGAGAGAACAAACUCUUUUGGAUGCUUCAGCAAAUGUUCGGAACUCCUGGACUGUAGGAGGUGAUGAUUCUUAUUUAUGUCAACCUGCCAAGUCAUCACCAUCACAUAAUAAAGAACAGGUUUUGGCCACAAGAGACACUGCAGAAACAGAAAAAUGGCAGCUAGAAUUGGAGAAGCUAAAACGUCUUUAUCAAGAAAGGACUGAUACACUUGAAGCUCAAGUACGGUCUCUAAGAAAAGACUUAUCUGAAUCUGAGAAGAACUGUGAAGAUCUAAAAGGAAGAUUAAAACACCAAGAAUCACUUAUUGCAACCAGUAAUUACAACCGGGUUGGUGGUCUUUGCCUGAAAUGUGCACAACAUGAGGCUGUUCUUUCUCAGACUCAUUCCAAUGUCCACAUGCAUACCAUUGAAAGGUUAACAAAAGAAAGAGAUGACUUAAUGGGUGCACUUGUUUCAGUAAGAAGGAACCUGAGUGAGAUGCAGCAAAGGGAAUCUAGUGCUUAUGAACAAGUAAAACAAGCUGUUCAAAUGACUGAAGAAGCCAAUUUAGAAAAAAUGAAGGCUCUAGUCCAGUGUGAGCAGCUGAAAAGUGAGAUGGAAAGACAGAAAGAUCGCCUUGAAAGGGAGCUAAUUGCUCAACUAGAUAAGAGGGCCGGUGAAAAAGAAGCCCUGCGAGGAGAAAUGAAGAAAGAAAGAGAGGACUUGGCAUCAACGGUGAUGGUUUUGUCUCAGAAUGUGGCGACACUGGAGGCUCGGUUAGAGAGAAUUAUAAGAGAGAAGAAUUCAAUAGCUAACCAGCUAGAGGAAGCCCAAAACCAACUUACCUCUCAGGAGAUGGAAGUUAAUAAGGUGUGUGGAGAAAUGCGUUUUCAGUUGAAUCAAACCAAAAUGAAGAAGGAUGAGGCAGAAAAGGAGCACAGAGAGUACAGAACAAAAACUAUAAGGGAGCUUGAAAUUAAGGACCAGGAAAUAGAGAAAUUGGGAUUAGAGCUGAAUGAGAACAAACUGCGUUUGGAACAAGCACAGCAGGAUGCAGCAAGAGCCAAAGAUGAGUGCCUAAAACUGACAGAACUGCUGGGUAAAUCUGAGCACCAACUGCACCUCACCAGAUUGAAGAAAGAAAGUAUUCAGCACAGUUUUAGCAAUGAAGCAAAGACCCGAGCCCUUCAGGCAGAGCAAAGAGAGCAGGAGCUGACACAGAAGAUGCAACAAAUGGAGGCCCAGCAUGAUAAAACUGUGAAUGAACUGGAUUCUUUGCUGACCUCCCAGAAUACAUUCAUAGCAAAAUUAAAGGAGGAAUGUUGUAUGUUGGCAAGGAAGCUGGAACAUGUAACAGAAAAAAACAGGUCUGAAGUCAGCCAGCUUAGUCAGGAAAAUGAGUACUUUCAUGAUAGGCUGGAGAAGAUGCAGAAAAGAAAUGAUGAAUUGGAAGAACAGUGUAUCCAGCAUGGGAGAAUGCAUGAGAGAAUGAAGCUGAGGUUACACCAGCUUGAUAAGCAUUGCCAAACCACUGCCCAGCAGCUAGUGGAGUUACUCAACAAACAGAAUCAGCUCUUCAGAGAGAGGCAGAUGCUAACAGAGGAGGUGCAGUUCCUGCGCACACAGGUACCAUGCCAAUACUGGGAACAAGAGAAAAGAAAAUCAUAGGGAAAUGUUCUGCAGCCAUCAAGAAAGAUAAAGACUUUGCUAAAGUCGUGUAUCAAGAAGGAAAACCACCAUGAAAUACAAUCUUCAGAGUACAGAAAUAAUUCAUUGAUUAAAAGGGAUGGCAGGGCAGUUGAUGAUUGAGUGUAGGUUUAAUCGGUGUGGGUACAGCUAAGAAAAUGCUGUGAGAUGCAGCUAAGCAGAACAAAUACUACUUGUGUCAUUAAUUCCAAUCAGAAAUUUUUGUUUCAUCCUUCAUGUCAUAUGAUAGUAGGCAACAGAAAAUUCCUUGUUUAACAUCAUUAGCAUGUAGUAUUAAAACGCAGAACUGCCUCUCAACUUGAAACAUAAUCAUCUUGAAAACUCUAGUUUUAGGGUGUAACGUCUGAGACCCCCACCCUCUGGUUGUGGGUUUGCAAUCUCAUUUCCCUGUUUACAUAAAAAGUUUUUUUGCCUGCCUUGUUGCAGUGCGAAAACCCCACCCAAACAAGGGAGACAGUUCACUGUUUCCUCUGUGCAGUCUGUCAGUGGGGAUCUGUAUGGGCACAGCAGUCUAUCCUAGCACAAGUAGUGGCAGGAUUUAGGCCUUACUUAUGUAGGGUGUAGUCUGCCCAUUACUGUUAAAAGUAACAUUUUUCAGACACUGAUUUUUAAGUUGGAUGCUGCCCCUUUAAUCAUUCACUACUUUGGAAAGGAGGAAAAGAAUCGUGACUUUUUAAACUGUAACUGAACUGCUGAAUUCAACGUUGUCUCCAAAUCUAGCACAUAAUGAAGCCUUUGUUUCUGUGACUAAGUAAAUUAACUGAUUUGACUGUAUCACUGUGAUACCAAGCCCUCUGGCUCAUAAACAAAGCAAGUUUCUGGGUUCAUACGUGAAGUUUGGACUUUCAUUAACAUGAACAGGACCAAGAGAGGGAAUUUGUAGUACCAAACUGCAGCGUGAAAGGAAAAUCAGUGUUUUAAUCAUGCUAUUGUUCACCCCAAAGUAGGCUAGUAUUAGCAUAUACAUGGCAAAUACCAGCAUGCUUUAACCUAGAACUAAAUAAGAACACACAUUAUCAGUGUGGUAACCAUGGGAAAAUGUUGUCUUUUUAAUGCUGACUAGAGCACCCAAGUUACCAAUUUUCACUAUAUCUAGAAUAAAUUACUGUCCUACCUCAGAUUCACCUGUAGAUGUUGGCAAAUUUAAUGGCAAUCACUGUUUCAUGUUUAAGCUCUUUAGAAGCUGAAGAUGUUGCAUUAAGAGAAAGUGAAAUAACCCUGCACCAAGGAGAGCCAGAGACUCUCUGAAGCCCACUAAGGACUCUGAGAUGUGGAAGAUAUUCAGUUAGAAAACAGAUGGGCAGCAGUACGCAACCAUGACUACCUUCUAGAUGUUGUGCUGCUAACUACAUUGAAUAUUGUUACCACCGAAAGUCUGUUUUGCAGUUGUAAAAGAUGCAUUUGUUAAAAUAGGGAACAUGUGCUGCAGUCAAGGCUUUUUACCACCACCACCUAGCAGUUUUCAGCAGUAGAUCUUAAAGUACUUCAGUCUAAUGUACUGGUUGUAACACCUCUGUGAAGUAGAAAGUAUUGCAGCCAAACAGGGACACUUGGAAGGAAAGAAGGUUGGUGACUUUUUAAAAAUUUAUUCCUGCAAAACAAGAACCUGUUAUCCAGCUGAAGUGUUUUUAAAUAAUAUUGGAUCCAUGGGAACAGGAACAUAGCUCAGCAGAACUGUAUGGUGCACAGGGCAAAUGUUUAAAGGAAACAAAGGACAAUUCAUUAUAAGUUGGAUAUUUUAAGUCCAGAUAAAUAUGAAUUCCUUUAAGCUUCUUGUAUUUUGUUCAAAAGCAAUAAUUUUGAGUAUAUGGCACUAUUGAUCCUAUUUUGAGACUUCAUAUGAUGCCACAUUUCAUAUUUAAAUUGAUCAUAGUACCAGAACCAAAUACUUGCCAUGUCCAUAAAAAAUAAUAGUAACCAAGAGUGGUGUUGUCACAGUGAUGCUGGUUAACAUUGCUGAUCUUUGCUGUACAUAAUGUGCAAGGUGAGCCUUGAUCAUCUAAUCCCAAAGAGGUACUGCUACUUAGUGCUUGUUGCUAUUUGAAGAUAAAAAAAAAAAGCCCAAUAGUUGUG